GUUUCUUCUUCGUCGCUGGGCCUUGGCCCAGGAGCCACCACAAGCGACACGGAGCCGCCAGUGCUGGAGGGGGAGCCGUGGGUGCGGGGCAGCGUGGGGGCAGAGGCCCCGGGACGCCCUCCUGGCCCCAGGCCCCGUUCUGCCCGGGCACCCCCACGGGUGCCCCCCCCUUCCUGGUCGGAGCAGUGCGAGUGUGCCCGGGAGCCCGGCAGCGGCGGCGUGGAAACCGGCGUGGGCUGGGGAGUCCGAGCCGCGGGGGGCAGUGCCAUGCACAAGCACCAGCACUGCUGUAAGUGCCCCGAGUGCUAUGAGGUGACCCGCCUAGCCGCCCUGCGGCGCCUCGAGCCUCCGGGCUACGGAGACUGGCAGGUGCCUGACCCCUACGGUCCAGGUGGAAGCAAUGGGGCCAGUGCAGGUUAUGGGGGCUACAGCUCGCAGACCCUGCCCUCGCAGGCGGGGGCCACCCCCACGCCCCGCACCAAGGCCAAGCUUAGAUAUUGGGUAUGGCAUGGUUUUCCCACCAUGCUCCAUCUCUGCCAUCCCUCUCAGGCUAUCCCUACACCCCUCCUAGUGAACCUUGAGGCCCUGGAUGUCUUCCCCUAGGUAAAUGGCAGUGAUGGCAUGUUCAAGUAUGAGGAGAUAGUACUUGAGCGGGGCAACUCUGGCCUGGGCUUCAGCAUCGCAGGUGGCAUUGACAACCCCCAUGUCCCUGAUGACCCUGGCAUCUUCAUUACUAAGAUUAUUCCUGGUGGAGCAGCUGCUAUGGACGGGAGGCUGGGGGUGAAUGACUGUGUGCUACGAGUGAAUGAGGUGGACGUGUCAGAGGUGGUGCACAGCAGAGCUGUGGAGGCGCUAAAGGAGGCAGGCCCUGUGGUGCGAUUGGUGGUGCGGAGGCGACAGCCUCCACCCGAGACCAUCAUGGAGGUCAACCUGCUCAAAGGGCCCAAAGGCUUGGGUUUCAGCAUUGCUGGGGGCAUUGGCAACCAGCACAUUCCGGGAGACAACAGCAUCUACAUCACCAAGAUCAUUGAGGGGGGUGCUGCCCAGAAGGACGGUCGCCUGCAGAUUGGAGACCGGCUGCUGGCGGUGAACAACACCAAUCUGCAGGAUGUGAGACAUGAGGAAGCUGUGGCCUCACUGAAGAACACAUCUGAUAUGGUCUAUCUGAAGGUGGCCAAGCCAGGCAGCCUCCACCUCAACGACAUGUACGCACCCCCAGACUACGCCAGCACUUUUACUGCCUUGGCUGACAACCACAUAAGCCAUAAUUCCAGCCUGGGUUAUCUUGGGGCUGUGGAGAGCAAGGUCAGCUAUCCUGCUCCUCCUCAGGUUCCCCCAGCCCGCUACUCUCCUAUCCCCAGGCACUUAUUGGGUGAGGAGGACUUCACCAGAGAGCCUCGCAAGAUCAUCCUGCACAAGGGCUCCACAGGCUUGGGCUUCAACAUCGUAGGAGGAGAGGAUGGAGAAGGCAUUUUUGUCUCCUUCAUCCUGGCAGGAGGCCCAGCUGACCUGAGCGGAGAGCUUCGCAGAGGAGACCGGAUCUUAUCGGUGAAUGGAGUGAACCUGAGGAAUGCAACUCAUGAACAGGCUGCAGCUGCUCUGAAACGAGCUGGCCAGUCAGUCACCAUUGUGGCCCAGUACCGACCUGAAGAGUACAGUCGCUUUGAAUCAAAGAUACAUGACUUGCGAGAACAAAUGAUGAACAGCAGCAUGAGUUCUGGGUCUGGGUCCCUCCGAACAAGCGAGAAGAGAUCCUUGUAUGUCAGGGCCCUGUUUGAUUAUGACCGGACUCGGGACAGCUGCCUGCCAAGCCAGGGUCUCAGCUUCUCUUAUGGUGACAUUCUACAUGUCAUUAAUGCCUCUGAUGAUGAGUGGUGGCAGGCAAGACUGGUGACCCCACAUGGAGAAAGUGAGCAAAUUGGUGUGAUUCCCAGUAAGAAGAGGGUGGAAAAGAAAGAAAGAGCUCGAUUGAAAACAGUGAAAUUCCAUGCCAGGACGGGGAUGAUUGAGUCUAAUAGGGACUUCCCUGGGUUAAGUGACGAUUAUUAUGGAGCAAAGAAUCUGAAAGGACAAGAAGAUGCUAUUUUGUCAUAUGAGCCAGUGACACGGCAAGAAAUUCACUAUGCAAGGCCUGUGAUCAUCCUGGGCCCAAUGAAGGACCGAGUCAAUGAUGACCUGAUCUCUGAAUUCCCACAUAAAUUUGGAUCCUGUGUGCCACAUACUACCCGACCUCGGCGUGAUAAUGAAGUAGAUGGACAAGACUAUCACUUUGUGGUAUCCCGAGAACAAAUGGAGAAGGAUAUUCAGGACAACAAGUUCAUUGAGGCAGGCCAAUUCAAUGAUAAUCUUUACGGGACCAGCAUUCAGUCAGUCCGGGCAGUUGCAGAGAGAGGCAAACACUGCAUCUUAGACGUUUCUGGAAAUGCUAUCAAGAGGCUGCAGCAGGCACAGCUUUACCCUAUUGCCAUUUUCAUCAAGCCCAAGUCCAUUGAAGCACUUAUGGAAAUGAACCGACGACAGACGUAUGAACAAGCAAAUAAGAUCUAUGACAAAGCCAUGAAACUGGAGCAGGAGUUUGGAGAAUACUUUACAGCCAUUGUACAGGGUGACUCACUGGAAGAGAUUUAUAACAAAAUCAAACAAAUCAUUGAGGACCAGUCUGGGCACUACAUUUGGGUCCCAUCCCCUGAAAAACUCUGA